CUGGGUUUGAAAUCAACUGUAUACAGCAAUCAGGAUUCACUCUGACACUUUUGAAUCUUUCUUUACAUUUUGAAGAAUGGUAAGUAACUAGUAACUAUUAUUUUAUACGAAAAUAGGAUAUAAGGAAAAGACAAAAUUAUAUGAAGAUAUUAUAUUAUAUGAAUGGAUGAAUAUAUGAAACUUCAUCACAACAGAAAGAAGCGUGGUCACGUUUCAGCUGGUCACGGUCGUGUCGGAAAGCACAGAAAGCAUCCUGGUGGUCGUGGUCUUGCUGGUGGUCAACAUCAUCAUCGUAUCAACAUGGAUAAGUACCAUCCUGGUUACUUUGGUAAGGUCGGUAUGCGUCAUUUCCACUUGAAGAAGAAUCCUACCUGGCGUCCUGUUGUCAAUUUGGAUCAAAUCUGGACUUUGGCUGGUGAAGGUGUCCGUGAACAAUACAAGAACACUGAAAAGGUUCCUGUCAUUGAUGCUCUUCAAAACGGUUACGGUAAGGUUUUGGCUAAGGGUCGUGUCUCUCAACCUGUCAUUGUUCGUACUCGAUUCGUCUCCCGUCGUGCUGAAGAAAAAAUCAAGGCUGCUGGUGGUGUUGUCGAAUUGAUUGCCUAGUUAUAGUUGUAGUCUUAUUACCUUCUUAUUUCAUCUGUUGUGUUAAUGUCAAUAAACAACCAUUUACCCAAAUCUAUUUAUUUGUU